AAAGGAACAAUUAGGGUUGAAACAUCAUGAAGAUUUUAUUUCUUGGAUUUUGUCUUUUUUGCCUCUCUAUCCUGAGAGUGGAAUCGAAGCCACAAAUAACGAAACUCUUCCCGAUCCCAGAAGAAACAAGCGAUCCUCCACAACGAUCUGACAACGAUACGAAGCCUUUGGACAAAUUAUUCGGAAAAUUGCGAGCCACGUACAACUUCGUGUUUCGAAAGCCAGAGAACAUGAGCAACGUGGAGAAAAUUUUGGCCAAGGAUACACCUGACCCUGAUGUCGAAGCGCUUAAAGUAAUCUGGUCUAAUCGAAUGCAAUCAAAUUCGAAGGAUAAGGAAGAUUCGAAGAAAUCUCAACCCAAGGGAAUGUAUUUAGCGGCAAACGACGAAUGGGUGAAUGAUAUUCAACCUUUAGAUCAUUUAGAACCUCUAGAACCAUUGGAAUUGGAAGACGAAGUAGAAAAUCAUAAGGAUCGAGAGGUAGAAAUCGUUACACCGAGAACCAGUUUCCAGUUUCCGGUCACAUUUAGUCGUCAUCUCGUUGAUUGGCUUGGAUCACUUCUGGGAAUUACUUAUGGAGUAUAUUCUAAGUUAGCCAGAGCAAUUUAUAGCAAUUAUACUGCAAUACGUAUUAGCUGAUUGUAAGAAAUAUAUAUUUUAUAUUACUUUGGAUUUUUGUUUGUAUUAAAAAUAAUUGAAUAAAAUGAAAAGUGAC